GGGAAAAACAAGUUUCUCUUUCAGCAGUUUCACUUUCUUUCUCCUUUUGGGGUUUGUUGUCUCUUUUGUGCAAAAACGUUUCGCCUGUCUGUAACCUAUCAACUUCACCAUUCUUACUGUAUUUGAUCGUGAAGGUCGGUUACAGUUACAGAUCAGAAUACUUCCCUAGAUUUUCUGGAAGAACAAGCAGUUUCAGGAACAGUUCUGUUUACGCUCAAGCCAUGUUUGAUUCGACCCGAGGGAGCAAAAGCAUCCAGCAUCAAGAAUCAUGCUUGGAUUCGAUCUGCGGUUCUCAGAAUUUGAAACCCAGAUCGGAUUUGAGCUGGGGAGGCGAGCUGAUAACUCCUGAACUGUGUUCUUCUCAGCUCAUGAACCCUAAUCUGAGCAGCUUCAUGCCUGAUCUUGGAGCCAUGAGAGCAGUGCAACAGCAUCAACACGUUAAGAACAGCUGUUCGGUCGAUCAAUCACUUGACUGCUUAUGGUCAGCGAGCAACAGCAACAACAUUUCGACGUCAGCAGAAGACGAUGACAUUUCUGUGCUUUUCUCAGAUUGCCAAAUGCUGUGGAGCUUUGGUGGCAUCUCAUUUGCAGAAUCUGAGAACAGAGAGAUCACCGAGACUUUCUCUCUGGUUUCUUCUGAUCAAACGAACCCAAAAUCUGGAAAAAGAAACAGAGAUGAUGAAACUGGAAGUUACUUCCGGCUCGUUCGUCCUCAAGAAGAUUCCAUUUCGAGAGACACCGGCGAUUUCAAGCUCAUCUACGAUGAAAAUCCGUCGAAAUCGAAGAAACCCAGAUCGGAGAAACCACCAUGCUCAUCUAAUAUCAGUUUUCAGCAGCCUAACUCGAACUCGACGUCCCUGUCGGGAGAUAUCGAACCUGAUGCAGAGGCUAUUGCUCAUAUGAAAGAGAUGAUCUACAGAGCAGCAGCAUUCAGGCCGGUGAAUUUCGGGUUGGAGAUAGUGGAGAGGCCGAAGAGGAAGAACGUGAAGAUAUCGACGGAUCCACAGACCGUGGCAGCGAGGCAUCGACGGGAAAAGAUCAGCGAGAGGAUUAGGGUUUUGCAGAGAUUGGUUCCUGGAGGGACAAAGAUGGACACUGCUUCAAUGCUUGAUGAAGCUGCUAACUAUCUCAAGUUUCUUAGGGCACAAGUAAAGGCAUUAGAAAACAUGGGCCCCAAGCUUGACCCAUCAAUUCUCUCCUCCUGUUCGUCUUCACCAUCGUCAUUUUCAUUCCCAUUGUUCCACCAAGCUUCUAUGUAUCUCCCCAUGCAAAACACUAAUUACCAGGUCCACAAUCCACGGAGUUAAAAAAAAAAUUCACUGAUCCAGACCAAACCCUCGAUUCGAUUAACCAGAAACUUGUUAUUAAAACCCUAAUAACAAAAAUAACAAUAAUAAUAAAAAGUUAAAUGGUUAUAAUGGUAGUGGGCGUUCAUCAUGACAUCUUGAUUUUGCAAUUAUGAAGCUAUGAUGAUUUUCCUUUGUUAUAAAAAGCUGUGGCUUUUCGUGGAGGCCUCUUCUGUAAUUCUGUUAAAUGUAUUCCUCACCUUUUUUGGACUACAAGA